CGCUAGCCGCGCUGUCGACUUCACACGUACGACAUACGCUCCCACGCAUUUAAUACCAAUACAAGUCUCGAACUUCGCUCGGAGUCGAUUUCGAAAUUCGACGAUAUCAUUAUAAUUCCAACGGAGAAUUAGACAUUUGUUGCUGAAAUAUUACAUGAACUUCCAGUGGUUGAGUGUUUGAAUUUCGAACAGGAUCACAUUCUCCGGCAAUUGCGGAGGUCGACUAGGUUUUCAAAACAGUCAAAGUGUCUCCCAUAAAGUUGUCGGCGAUGGAUAGCAAUUCUGUUUCACCGAUGCCGGAACUAGCGCCGAUCGCGGAAUUCGAUAAGUCACCGCCUUCGCCGCCCAAUGAGGAGGUGCCGAUGGACGACCUGCCGCCGCCUCCAGCUACUAUCUCUCAGGCUGAAGGGAAGAAGAUUAAAGUACAACGCAGCCGUUCGUACGAGUCGGAUGAACAUGAGCGUGGUGCUUGUGAGUGGUGCGAGUAUGCUCUAGUCAUCACUUUAGCCACCAUCCUGCUGAUCGGUGUGUCAGCGCUCACCAUCUUCUGGACCUUCUUCUACAGAGAGGGCUAUGGCUGGGCUGAUGACAUCCCCGAGAAGCAAUUUAACCUUCAUCCAACCCUUAUGGUGGCAGGUUUCAUCACAUUCAGCGGGUUUUCGGUGCUGCUCUACCGUAUCUGCCGCUGCUUCAGACGAAUUUACGUGAAACUGCUGCAUGCAAUAUUCCACGCGUUGGCGUUCCCUUGCAUAGUCAUUGGUUUCCUUGCUGUUCUCGAUUUCCAUAACAAGAAGGGCAUCAACAACUUCUACUCGCUGCACAGCUGGGUCGGCUUCGUUGCUAUGGGACUAUUCGGUCUUCAGUAUGCUGUCGGAUUCUUCAGUUUUCUGCUCCUAUUGAUCUGCAACAAGGGAACUGCGAACUUCCGGGCUUCAUUGGUGCCGAUUCACGCCGCGUUUGGUAUACUGACAUUUGUCCUUGGAGUGUGUGCUUGUCUUACUGGACUUACUGAAAAAGCUCUCUUCACCCUUGGGAGCGAGACAUACGCUUCGAUGACAACAGAGGCGAUUGUCAUUAACGCCAUCGGGAUGUCGGUGGUGGCGGUGGCGAUCGUGGUGCUCUACACCGUGCGUGGCACCGGCGGCUAUCGGCUGCGCAAGGUCACGCAGAACCCGAGCUAAGCGAAUCCAGUCGAAGUAGCGGUAAUCGAGAUAAACAUUGCAAGCGUAGUUUUUAUCUGUUCCGUAUUUUAUCUGUGGUUCGAAACUUAAAUUGCCACCUAAAUUGUCUUUUGUUUUUGAUAUUGAAAUUUAAAUAUUAAAUAAAUUAAAUUAAACAGCCCGGUCGACUUGCAAUAAAAUUAGUUUUAAUGAUUUAAAUUAAAUAAACAUAGAUAUACAAAUACAAAUGAAUAUUAAAAACUAUGCUUGCAGUGGAACGCACAACACCAAAUAUUGUAAAUUCUUGAUAUAUAAAAUUGUUUUACGAUUCAAAAUGAUUUAACUUGGUAUAAGUAUUAGUUGAAUUGUUUGUUCUUUUUUAUAAAACUUGUCAUAUUAGUAGCACGUGUAAUACACUGAACUCAUAAAACGUAAAUGAAUCAGUAUUGUUAUGAAUCAAAAUUGAACAAUUUACUUCUCUGAAGAAAUGUAUUAUGUUAAAGAAGAAAAUUAAAAUUGUGAGCUCUUAGACGCCUUUUAGCUCAAUUUGUUGCUUUAAGGUUUUAUAUAUAUUAUAUUUGAGUAACGUUAUGAUUGAACAGUUGUGCGUUGUUCAAUGAAAAAAAAUCCUAUCAAUUUGAAUCCGUCUUCAAAAUUAUGAUGACUGAUUUUAAAAGUAUUUUCUUUAAUUUGGACCAUAAUUUAUUCCAAUCGAAAAUCGAAAUAUAAUUUUAAAAUAUAAUUACAAUAUGAAUAUAUAAUUCAUAUUUUAUAAAUUAAAAAAUCAAUUCAACGAAAAUAUUUUAAUUGAUUUUUAACUUCUCUGUACUCGCUACCCUGUGGUAAUUACUGUUAAUGUAUUAGAUUCGCAGUAAUAAUAAUGAUUGAAGUUUAGAUAAAUAUGAUCACGAUCGGAAUGAUUAUUUCAUUAAAUAAAAAAUAAAAAAAAAACAAUAAAAUUACCUAUAUUUGUUUAUAACAGAUAAAAAAUUAAAAAUCAGUGGCCAUAUACCUAAAAAUAGUAACCGAGUUAUUAAACAUUUUAGUAGGCGUUUAGUUAAGAUAUUUUAGCUGUAAUUUGUAUAUAAAUUUAAAUUUAAUUAAAGUAAUGUGCGAGUGUUCGAUAGAUUGUAGAAUGUGAUUGAUUCGUAGUGAAUAUCUACCCUUAAUAUUUAUUGUUAGUAAAAAUAGCAUCUGACGGAAGCAACGUUUACAAAAUUAAUUUAAUAAAACAUUUUGAAAUCAAUAUUAUAAUAGGUAGUAUUUAAAAUUUUCAAUAAGCUUCAAAUCGAGAUAAAUCAAUAGCAAUAUUGAUAAUUGUGAGAAAAAAAAAUAUUAUUGUAUACUGUUUAGAAAUUGUUGUAUGCGUCUGUACCUACUGUUAAGCGAAGUGUUCAAUCAAGUUGCCAAAUUCGAUAUAACGUCUUGUGGUAAAACUUGUUAUAAUCAAUUUACUACGUAUUACGUAAAUACAUGUAGCAUGUUUAUCAAUAAUUAUAUAGGAUAAAGCUCAAUGUGUUUAUACGAGGGAUACCUUUAUAUUAUUUCCUUGUGUAGAAAUUGAGUAAAUUUUCUAUUAAUUAGGCGAAACUUAUUUAUAUUCCAUUUUGUAAAAAGUUACAUUCCAAUGUAAAAUUUGAUGCAUUUUAUCGUUUUUUUACGAAAAUAUACAAUCCGUACGAAGACUGUAAUCAUAAGUAGUUUGUCGUUUUAAAUAAUGUUAUUGCGAUAAUUUUUACUCAAUGCAAAGAGCAUAUUUACAAAUUUUAAAUAUUCCCGUUUUUAAGGAUCCCUAAAAACGCUGGGGCCAAGUUUUUACAUUAUAAAACCCACACGUUUAAUCUGCAAAAUAAAAAAAACAGUUUUCUAAUAAAUUAUUUAACCAAUCAAAAGAGUUGCAAAUUAAUAUUUUUAUGUAUGCAUUUUGCAUCUGAAACAAUUUAUAAUCUUCAACUUUUAUAAGUACUUGUAUUAAUCUGCCUUUUUGAAAUAUAUAAUUUUUAAACUUAGUUGUGUUGAUUACAGUUGUAUAUUGGUUACUAUGAAUUUUAUCACUGUUUUACAUUUUUAAAUAUUUAUACGCAUUCAUAAUGGUACAUUAAAUUACAUGUAUAAAA